CUCCAUCGUAAUUUGCUAUUGUUGAGCUUUAAUGAUGUACCAGCAACUAAAUCCAUCGUCGGUUUAUCAGCACCUGAAGCAGAAUCAAUAGUUGAAUAUUUUUUAGCAACUAUGUAUGGUGGCCAAGAGGCAUCAUACACAAUGAAUGGCAACAUGAUCGAGUCGUCAAUGAUCCCAGGAUCAACAGGCAUUUCACCUUCACCUACUAUCAUGCAACAACAACAUCAAAACGAUACAUACAGUAAUGGAACUGGCAACAUAAUCGCAUCAUUGCGAACACAUUCAUCAAAGUUUCCUAUUGAACGUGAGCUGAUUUUAUCGACCGAUAAGAGUGGUUCUAAAGUACCAAUCAAACAGUAUCCACGUCAGAUUCCAACAACGCCAGUAGCAUUUAAUCGCUCAUCAAUUUCGAAUGGUAAUGGUGCAGCUUCAGGCGUUAUUCAGCAAUUUCUUCCCAAAUCAUCGACAGCUGUUGCACCUGACCAUCCAACAUCUAAACACGCAUGGAAUACACAAAAUGUGAAUCAAGAGAAAAGUCAGUCAUCGCAAAUGAUGACGGGAGCGAUACCACGAGCUCCAACUCGACUACCGGAAGAUGUAACCGCUUUAGCAGAGCGGGAAAUGGGUGGAAAAGAUCGUGACUCCAAGAACGCUGUGUCAAAGACUUAUCAUACUCUGAAAGAUUUAAUAUCGUCGAAGUUCAAGAAGGAUUCAGCGGAAAUGACACCGGAAGAACUCAAUAAUGUAACAAUACAGCAUCAACAGAACUACACAAACGAUGACAUUACAAACACGCCGUAUUAUAAUUUAAUGCAACAACAUAUGCAACUGCAACAACAUCAAACCCAACAGGGAACGUGGAAUGCAGCAAAUGGUAAUCAUCCGCAAAUGUGGAAUGGAAACAGACAGUUGAUGAGAGAUUCGUCUGUUCAAAUUACACAACAAGUUGACAUGAAUGGUCAACAGGUUUAUCCCCAUAUGGUGGCGACAAGAGCAUCAAUUCAUCAACAUCGUGCAGCUUCACAGCCACAAUUGAAUUUGCCGUUUAAAGAACAUCAAGCCGAUGAUCGACGAGGUUCAUUAGCGAACAUUGACGUCACUGACUCUGAUGAAGGCGGUUUUGCGCAUGGAAAAAUGUGGCGCCCAACAAAUCAACAACGUCCGAUAACAAGUGAAACUCCAGCUCAGCAAAUUCUUCAUCAACAACAACAAAAUUAUUUGAAACGAAGUACGUUGGCACAACAAACGCAGUCACAAAUUCUUUCCAAUGGACAUUAUCAACCUCAAAUUCCUCCAACUUCAUUUCACUUGCAUCAGCAAGUAAUGCAACAACAAAACAUUCCUGAUGGUGUUUAUGCGAGUCAAAAAGUUGAUUUAAAUCGACAAGAAGCUCAAAGCCAUCAUGGAAAUUCUCAAGAUUGGAAUGGAAUGCAGAGAGUGAAUCAAGAAACUAUUCGAACAUCGUUCAAUCAAGAUCAACCACAAUUGAGUCAAAAAGGGGAAAAACAAGUUCCACCAAUUCCACCAGCAAAGCCACCACAACAUCAAGUGAAGAAGGCACCAAACUAUGAACAUCCACCGAAACUUGAAGCUAAAAAAUCACAACCACUUGAAACAUCAACACCAAAUAGCAACCAAACAAAUGCAGAACAUAAUGGAACAAAACAAGUUCCUGGAUCAGCUGCAAGUUCAGAUUACGAUAAAAGUGGGAAUCAUAGCUCAAAUGUUGAUUCAGGUCGUGGAUCGGCAGCUUAUUCAAGUGGUAGAAAAGCAACACUUGACACAAGUCCCGAUCAUUCUGACACUCCAGUUCCACAAUCACGACCCAAAUCAAAUGACUCUGAGUGGAUUGACAUUGUUGAUGCUGAACUUCGUCACAUUCUUGAGCCUGGAAUGCAAAAUAUGAACAUCCGACCUGAGAGUACAAUAUCAGGAAGUUUAUCGUCGAUAUCACCGCCACUUCCACCUCUGUCACCUGAUGGAAGUGCUCAGAAUACAAAUGACACAAACAAACACACAACAAGUAGCAACACCGUAACGAAUAAAGGAGGUUCAAGCAAACAAUCUGCAGCACCAUCACAGACCUCUAAGAAACCAGAGUAUGGAACUGACAGCUACAAUAGACCAGGAAAGAAUAAAUUCAUUGGACCGUCACGAGGCUUACCAGGCUCAAUUCUUCAGAAACGUGGUGAACAAAUGAGAUCGUCGAUAAGCAAGAAGCAAGAGCAAUCGAUGAUGAAACGACAUCUGUUUGGACUUGAUGAUUUAACAUCAACGACGACGAGAUCAUUGGAUUUAGAUUCGUUAUUGGGUGGUCCUUGGGGAGCUGGACAAUCAGUGAGUGAUUCCGAAACUGAUACGCAAGGUCUUCGACAUAUUAAAUCACAACUAGAAGGACUUGAAACUAUGUACAGUGAAGUUUUAAAGAUGCUUGGAGCUCGGCCAGGAAGGAAUGAUGGACAUUUAAGAAAUGCAAGAAGGCGUCAAGGAAGUUUAUCGUCGUUGCCUUCAAGUUCUGUUAGUGGAAGACCAGUUAGAGAUAGAAGAAGGAACGAUGAAAGAAGAAAAGUUCGAGACAUUAAGGGUAUCAACAAAAGAUUCCAGCGCUUGGAGUCGCAUGUUGUAACAUUAGCUAGAAGUGUAGCUCAUCUUUCAAGUGAGAUGAGAUCACAACAUUUAGUGACACAAGAACUCGAACAAUUACGUCAAGAUUUAAAUUUUCGUAUGCAAAAUUCACAUGCAACAAAGUCAGCUGAUAAUUUGAAUGAAAGUGCUGAUGGACCAAAUUUGACUAAUCCAAAGAGAGUUAAGAAGUUGACGAAAUUUUUUGGCGAAGAUCCACCGUUGAUGAGAUUAUUUUUAAAGAAACUUGGAUAUGAGAAAUAUGCUGCAUUGUUUGAACAAGAACGAGUCGGUAUGAUUGAAUUACCUUACAUGGGUGAAGAGCGUUUGCAGAAAUUGGGUGUACCACUUGGACCACGAUUAAGGAUUCUUCAAGAAGCGCAAAUAUCUCUCAUAAAAGAUAAAACUUUAUGUAUUGUUUAACUUUUAAUUAAUGCUUAGCAUUUGAAGCUCUCUGAACAUAUUUAACACAGUUCAUUAUCUUUAAUUUACAAUUAUUUCCAUGACAUUAAACUUAAUGAAAUCGUUGCCACUUGUAAACCACUUUGAAUCAUACAUAUUCAUUGAAACUAGUUUUAAUCGGCCGGAAGUGUGCAAUGUGUGACAAUUUUUCUUAACAUGCACAUUUUUUAGCAUCAUCUGUUAUCUUGUAACUAUCUAUGCGAAUGUAACAUGUAGAAUACGUUUGUGAAAAAUAAUAACGAUGAAAAUUUAUUGCAUUAAUUUAAUUUACUCUCCUACAUAGAUUGAUACGAACGACGACCAAAGCAUC